CCUGUUGGAUUGUAAAAUGGCGCAUUGUUGUCACAACUGCAUCGCGUCUAUUUUCUAAGGAUUAAGAAGCUAUUGAGAUAACAUAACUAAAUAUGCACUCCAUAAUGUGACGUAUGCAAAUGCCAGCAAUAGACUGAACAUAGGGGUUCAUUCAUUUGCGUGCAUACUUCGUCUUUAAGAUUGCUUGCUCCGUAAACAUUCAUAGCAUUAGCUGGCUAACAUUUUAACAGCUAAUAUUCGCCGCAGUUUUUUCGGGACAGCGACACACAUCCAUCUAAAAUGGGUUAUUUAAAACUGAUCGAGAUUGAGAACUUUAAGUCGUAUAAAGGAAGACAGAUCAUUGGACCUUUUCACAAGUUCACGGCUAUCAUCGGACCCAAUGGAUCUGGAAAGUCCAACCUUAUGGAUGCCAUCAGCUUCGUGUUGGCAGAGAAGACCAGCAACCUGCGUGUGAAGACUCUGAAGGAUCUGAUCCAUGGAGCACCAGUAGGGAAGCCUGCUGCAAACAGAGCCUAUGUCAGUAUGGUGUACCAGGAGGAUAAUGGAGAGGAGCGCAACUUUACAAGGGGAAUCAUUGGUUCCUCCUCUGAGUACCGAAUCAACAGCAAGGUGGUGGGCCUGCCUGAAUACAGUGAAGAGCUGGAGAAACUUGGCAUUUUGAUUAAGGCCAGGAACUUCCUGGUUUUCCAGGGAGCUGUUGAGUCUAUUGCCAUGAAGAACCCAAAGGAACGAACAGCUCUGUUUGAGGAAAUCUCCCGUUCUGGAGAGCUGGCCCAGGAAUAUGACCGCAGGAAGAAAGAAAUGGUGAAAGCAGAGGAGGACACCCAGUUUAAUUAUCAUCGUAAGAAAAACAUUGCUGCUGAGCGCAAGGAAGCCAAGCAAGAGAAAGAAGAGGCUGAGCGUUACCAGCGUUUGAAAGACGAGGUUGCCAGGGCUAGUGUUCAGUUGCAGCUCUUUAAACUCUACCACAAUGAGACUGAGAUUGAGAAGCUGAACAGAGAGCUGGGCCAGCGAAACAAGGAGAUCGAUAAGGACCGCAAAAAGAUGGACCAUGUGGAGGAGGAGCUGAAGGACAAGAAGAAAGAGCUGGGCAGGCUGAUGAGGGAGCAGCAGACCAUUGAGAAAGAAAUCAAAGAGAAAGACUCUGAGUUGAACCAAAAGAGGCCGCAGUACAUCAAGGCAAAAGAGAACACCUCACACAAGAUCAAGAAGCUCGAGGCAGCACGAAAGUCUUUGCAAAAUGCCCAGAAGAUGUAUAAGAAACGCAAGGGGGACAUGGAUGAGCUGGAUAAAGAGAUGAAGGCGGUGGAGCUGACCAAGCAAGAGUUUGAGGAGCGGAUGGAGGAGGAGGCACAGAGCCAAGGCCAGGAUCUCACCUUGGAGGAAAACCAGGUCAAGCAGUACCAUCGUCUGAAGGAGGAGGCCAGUAAACGUGCUGCCACCCUGGCACAGGAGCUGGAGAAGUUCAACCGUGACCAGAAGGCUGACCAGGACCGCCUCGACUUGGAGGAGAGGAAGAAAGUAGAAACAGAGGCUAAAAUCAAACAGAAGAUCCGUGAAAUUGAGGAAAACCAGAAACGUAUUGAGAAAUUAGAGGAUUAUAUCUCCACCAGCAGGCAAUCACUGGAUGAGCAGAAGCGAAUGGAAGAGGAGCUGACGGAGGAGGUGGAGAUGGCCAAAAGGAGAAUUGAUGAGAUCAACACAGAGCUUAACCAGGUAAUGGAGCAGCUGGGAGACGCCAGAAUCGACAGACAGGAGAACAGUCGCCAGCAGCGCAAGGCGGAGAUCAUGGAGAGUAUCAAAAGACUCUACCCUGGCUCUGUGUACGGUCGUCUAAUUGACCUGUGCCAGCCCACCCAGAAGAAGUAUCAGAUUGCUGUGACCAAGGUGUUGGGCAAAAACAUGGACGCCAUCAUCGUUGACUCGGAGAAGACGGGCAGAGAUUGUAUUCAAUACAUCAAGGAGCAGAGAGGAGAGCCCGAGACCUUCCUUCCUCUCGACUACCUUGAGGUGAAACCAACAGACGAGAAGCUGAGAGAGCUGCGAGGAGCCAAACUGGUGAUUGAUGUGAUCCGCUAUGAGCCUCCACACAUCAAGAAAGCCCUGCAGUAUGCUUGUGGCAACGCCCUGGUCUGUGACAAUGUAGAGGAUGCACGAAGGAUCGCUUUCGGGGGGCCAUACAGACACAAGACGGUAGCCCUGGAUGGAACUCUGUUCCAGAAGUCUGGAGUCAUCUCUGGAGGAGCCAGCGACCUGAAGGCCAAGGCCAGGCGCUGGGAUGAGAAGGCAGUAGAUAAGCUCAAGGAGAAGAAAGAGAAACUCACUGAAGAACUCAAGGAACAAAUGAAGGCCAAGAGGAAGGAGGCGGAGCUGCGUCAGGUGCAGUCUCAGGCCCACGGUCUGCAGAUGAGACUCAAGUACUCCCAAAGUGAUCUGGAACAGACAAAAACCCGUCACCUCUCCCUCAACAUGCAGGAGAAAUCUAAGCUAGAGAGUGAGUUGGCAAACUUUGGCCCUCGCAUUAACGACAUCAAAAGGAUCAUUCAUUCCCGGGAGAAGGAGAUCACGGACCUGCGAGACCGCAUGAACCUGGUGGAGGAUGAGGUGUUUAUUGAAUUCUGUAAGGAGAUUGGUGUGAGGAACAUCAGGGAGUUUGAGGAGGAGAAGGUGAAGAGGCAGAAUGAGAUAGCAAAGAAGCGUCUUGAGUUUGAGACUCAGAAGACUCGCCUGGGUAUCCAAGUAGACUACGAGAAGAACCAGCUGAAGGAAGACCAGGAGAAAGUCAUGAUGUGGGAACAGACCGUCAAGAAAGAUGAGGCUGAAAUAGAACGACUAAAGAAGGAGGAGCACAGACACAUGAAGAUCAUUGAUGAGACAAUGGCCCAACUGCAGGACCUGAAGAACCAGCACCUCACCAAGAAGUCUGAAGUCAAUGAUAAGAACCAUGACAUGGAGGAGAUCCGCAAAAAACUGGGGGGCGCCAACAAGGAGUUGACUCAGCUCCAGAAAGAGGUCACAGCCAUUGAGACUAAACUAGAGCAGAAGCGCAGCGACCGUCACAACUUGCUGCAAGCCUGCAAAAUGCAGGACAUCAGGCUGCCUCUUCGAUCAGGAACAAUGGAUGAUAUCAGCCAGGGAGAGGGGAGCUCCCAGCCAGAAGAGUCCAGCAGCCAGAGGACGUCCAGCACUGUUCUCGCUAAAGAGGCUCUCAUAGAGAUCGACUACAGUAACCUGACCGAAGACCUUAAGGAUGCACUGUCGGAGGAAGAGAUCAAGGGGGAGACAAACACACUGCAGCAGCGUCUGAACGAGCAGCAGAGUAUCCUACAGAGGAUCAGUGCACCCAACAUGAAGGCCAUGGAGAAGCUGGAGAGCGUCCGGGACAAGUUCCAGGAGACCAGUGAUGAGUUUGAGGCUGCUCGUAAGAGAGCCAAGAAAGCCAAGCAAGCCUUUGAGCAGAUUAAGAAGGAGAGGUAUGAUCGAUUCAAUAACUGCUUUGAGUCUGUCGCCACCAACAUCGAUGAGAUCUACAAGGCCCUCUCACGCAACAGCAGUGCCCAGGCUUUCCUGGGCCCAGAAAACCCUGAGGAGCCAUACUUGGAUGGCAUUAACUAUAACUGUGUGGCCCCUGGAAAGAGGUUCAGGCCCAUGGACAAUCUGUCUGGAGGAGAGAAGACUGUCGCUGCCCUGGCUCUGCUCUUUGCUAUUCACAGCUACAAACCCGCGCCCUUCUUUGUCCUGGAUGAGAUUGAUGCUGCUCUGGAUAACACUAACAUUGGCAAGGUGGCCAAUUACAUCAAAGACCAGUCAGUGAACACACAGGCCAUCGUCAUUUCUCUGAAAGAGGAGUUCUACACCAAGGCGGACUCACUCAUCGGUGUUUAUCCAGAGCAAGGAGAUUGUGUCAUCAGCAAAGUGUUGACCUUUGACCUCUCCCAAUAUCCUGACGCCAACCCAAAUCCCAAUGAAUAGGAUGUGCACCCCCAUUUUGGCUAGUUGGACGUUCAUUUGCUGCUCACUGGCUAGCAAACGUAUUCAGUAGUGACAGAUCAUGUACUCAUUAGGUCCCACAUGUUAUUCCCUUUUUUAUGUUGAUGUAUUUUCUUUGGAUAUUUUAGAGUAGCGGUUUAGUGAGUAUUGCUUUGUGGUUUUUGGGGGGUUGUUCUUUAUAGACAGCAAAAACCAGGAUGUAUGUACAUUUAUAAAAGCCUGCCCCUUUCUCCAGUUGACCAUACAAGAGUGAUUAUAAUAAUCCAUGAAACAUAAUUAUAAUCAAGUGAAAACGAGAGGGAAUUAAAUCUUUUUAACAGACUGUAAUACUUCAUAAAGGCAUCAAAUUGAACUGAAACACGUUGUUGUUCCCAGAACUUUUAUACUGUUUAUUGCCCUCUUUUCAAUGGUGUGCUUUAAAGCCUUUGCCUCUCAUCUGUUGUGUGUACUAAAAGAUGUAUUUGCAUUUUCAUGUGCUACUCUUUUUCAACAAAAACAUUUCAAUCAGGAAACUGUUGUUACAGUAUGGUGGAUACAUUCCCAUGUGUGAUAGCUGAAGAAAACCCGUAGUGAGCUGCAGGUGGCAAUGCUAUGAAGAGAUCAUGGAGCUUUGUGAAAUUGUCAUCAGAAAACGUUGUCAAAGAUUAUGUGAGGUUAAACGGCCGUAUGAAUGACAGUCCGUUCAUACUUUGAGUGAUGUCCUGAAUCAGCUUUAUGAAUUUGGAGCAGUCAACUAUGAGUCUAUUUGGUCAGGUCUGUUUUAUUGAUUGCUUUGCUUCAAUAAAUACAAUUUUGAAAUA